AACACUUAAAUACCUUUUUUUGUGGCUUCCGGCUAACCAUUUUCAUUAUCCUCUUCCUCAUAUUCUGCAUCAUCCUCCUCAAUUUCACUCAAAUCUCUUCAUAUAAACCCUAAUUUCAACAAUAAUUACGAACACGAAUCCUCUAAUCCUCCACUGCAGUUAACCUCCGGUGAUUCCGCGUGUAUUCAUCCGAUACGAUCUGUUGAAUCGAUUGAAUCGAUUGAAUUGAUUGAAUUUCAAUUUGUUUUGAUGUUCGAUUCGAGUUUUACAGUCAUGCACAGCUCGAUUGAUUGAAAUUACUGUCAGGUUCCGAUGCUUGUCGUUGAUUAUGGCUUCUGCUCCGUUUUUGUCAGGUAUGUCGUUAGAGUGUGUGAGUGUGUGUAAGUAUCCGAAAGCGGAUGGAAGUGGAAGUGGAAGUGGAAGAUAUGACUGUAGUUCGGUUACGUGUGCGUGGAAGGCGCCUAGGGUUUUGACUGGAUCGCUUGCUAGUACGGCGAAUGGACAGAGUGAACGAAGGAUUCGACAUGCUCAUAGAUGUGAAGCUUCAGAUCGUUUAUCUUCACGAAGACCUGUAAGGUCAAAAUUGCUCCAUCUAGCUUGUAAGAAAUGGGAAGUGGGUUCGUCGUCUUCUUCUUUUUCUUCAGGAUAUGAUGAGGUUUCUCCUGAACAUUUGUGGGAGGAUCUUAAACCUGCUAUUGCAUACCUUGCAUCUGAUGAGUUAAAGCUAGUGCGCGACGCUUUACAUCUGGCCUUUGAGGCACACAAUGGGCAAAAACGGCGAAGUGGAGAACCCUUUAUCAUUCACCCCGUUGAAGUUGCAAAAAUUCUUGGAGAACUAGAAUUGGACUGGGAGUCGAUUGCUGCUGGUUUAUUGCAUGACACAGUUGAAGACACAAAUCUUGUUACUUUUGAAGAAAUAGAGAUAAAAUUUGGUGCCGCUGUCCGUCACAUUGUUGAAGGAGAAACUAAGGUGUCAAAACUUGGAAAGUUGAAGUACAAAAAUGAAAGUCGCUCAAUACAAGAUGUGAAAGCUCACGAUCUUCGACAAAUGUUUCUAGCCAUGACUGAGGAGGUGCGGGUGAUAAUUGUUAAAUUAGCAGACAGAUUACAUAAUAUGCGGACUCUUUCACAUAUGCCUUCACAUAAGCAGUACAGCAUUGCAAUGGAGACGCUGCAAGUUUUUGCUCCUCUUGCAAAGCUCCUAGGAAUGUACCAAAUUAAGUCUGAGCUUGAGAAUCUAUCCUUCAUGUACACAAAUCCGCAAGAUUAUGCUACAGUGAAGAGACGGGUUGCAGAACUUUGUAAAGAACAGGAGAAAGAAAUUGAAGAGGCAAAUAAAAUAUUGAUUAAGAAAAUUGAAGAGGACCAGUUCUUAGACCUUAUGACUGUGAAAACGGAAGUGCUUUCUGUCUGUAAAGAACCUUACAGCAUCCAUAAAUCUGUAGUCAAAUCAAAAGGUUCAAUAAAUGAAGUUAAUCAAAUUGCACAGCUGAGGAUUAUUGUUAAACCCAAGUCUUGUGUUGGUGUGGGCCCGCUAUGUAAUGCACAACAGAUUUGCUACCAUGUUCUUGGGCUGGUACAUGGAAUCUGGACGCCUGUUCCUCGAUCUAUGAAAGACUACAUUGCAACCCCAAAACCCAAUGGCUAUCAGAGUCUUCAUACUACUGUAAUUCCUUUUCUGUACGAGAGCAUGUUUCGUCUAGAAGUGCAGAUUAGAACUGAAGAAAUGAAUUUGAUAGCAGAAAGAGGUAUUGCUGCUCACUACAGUGGGAAAAUUGUCGUUAAUGGUUUAGUCAGAGAUACAAUGGCUAAUGACAGAAACUCGAGAGGGAAACCAGUCUGCCUUAAUAAUACAAAUGUGGCCCUAAGGAUCGGUUGGCUCAAUGCGAUUAGAGAAUGGCAAGAGGAGUUUGUUGGACACAUGAGCUGUAGAGAGUUUGUAGAUACAAUCACCAAGGAUCUUUUGGGUAGCCGUGUUUUUGUUUUUACGCCAAGGGGGGAGAUAAAAAAUCUACCCAAAGGAGCAACUGUCAUUGACUAUGCUUAUAUGAUACACACUGAUAUUGGAAACAGUAUGGUCGCUGCAAAGGUUAAUGGAAAUAUUGUACCUCCCUUGCAUGUGCUUGCAAAUGCUGAAGUUGUGGAGAUAGUGACUUAUAAUGCACUCUCUAGCAAGUCAGCUUUCCAGAGACACAAGCAAUGGUUGCAACAUGCAAAAACACGCAGUGCCAGACACAAGAUUAUGAAAUUUUUGAAGGAGCAAGCUGCUCAAUCUGCAGCCGAACUAACAGCUGAGUCUGUGAAUGAAUUUCUUGCUGAUUCUGGAGACGAUAGUGAAACCGAAGAAGUUACCGACUACUCUAAAGGGACCCAACACACGUGGGAAAAGAUCCUCAUGAAUGUCAUGGAAAUGUCAUCCAUGAAGAUAAUUGGUCAAGAUAUCUUCCAGUUUAAAAACGGUAGUGGUAUUAAGGUUCCCAAGGUUAAUGGAAAACAUAACAAAAAUAUGAAAAAUACGAGUCUGACCAAGUCAAAGGAGGACCCGCUCUCUCAAGGGAAUGGUGUUGCUAAAAUGAUAUUUGCUGAUGUUCCAAUGUAUAAGGAAGUGUUACCCGGUCUUGAAAGCUGGCGUGAUGGGAAAGUUUCGUCAUGGAGUGAUUUUGAAGGACACUCUAUUCAAUGGAUGUGUGUCGUUUGCAUAGACCGAAGAGGUAUGCUUGCUGACAUCACAAAGACCUUAGCAGACGUUGGUGUCACAAUAUGCUCAUGUGCGGCGGAGGUGAUUAAAGAAAAAGGAAUGGCGGUUAUUCUCUUCCAUGUUGAAUCAAGUUUGGACGACAUGGUUAGCGCGUGUUCGCGUGUAGAUAUGGUCAUUGGGGUCCUAGGAUGGUCCACGGGGUGCAGCGUACCUGGGCUAACUGAAAGUAGGCAUGUACAAGAAUGUUGAUCAUGUAAUGUGGUCAACGGAGGUUGACCAAGAUUCUUUCUUUGGUACUUUUCAUGUAUGUAGGUAUUUAAUUGUCGUAUAUUUGUCCAACCAUGAUGAUCAAAGUAACCAAAUGUGUGUAGAGGCAGGUGGAGUGUAUAUAAAGGAAGAGAAAAAGAACUAGUUGUGAAGAUGAAGAGUAUACAUGUAAAGAUACUUGGAAUGAUAAUAAAGUUUACUAGAUUGUUAAAACC